GAGGCGAGACGCGGCGCGGCCGGAGAACCGCUUCGCGCACCCUUCGGGCCAAGCAGGGCCCACGCAGGCGGAUACGGGAUCCUCCUCACACGGCUCUCUCUCUCGCUCUCUCUCUCUCGAGGCGGUAGCGGCGGCGCGAUGGCGGCAACGGCGGUGCCGAAGCGGGAAGCGGCUUCCCGGUCCUCCGGGUCUCCCCUUCCCGAGGCGGACAGUCCCUGGCUCGGAGCGGCGCUGCGGCUGCUGAUCACGCUGGUCCUGAACGCGGCCCGGGCCGAGAAAGAAGCUUUCAUCCAGUCAGAUAGUAUAAUAGAAGUUUUACGCUUUGAUGAAGGAGGCUUAUUACAGACUGAGGCAACUAUUGGCCUUGGUACAUAUCAGCAGAAAAGCAGUGUAUCAAUGUAUCGAGGGAACUGCAGACCGAUUCGGUUUGAACCACCAAUGCUAGAUUUCCAUGAACAGCCAGUUGGGAUGCCAAAAAUGGAAAAAGUUUACUUGCAUAACCCCAGUUCAGAAGAAACUAUUACAUUAGUAUCGAUAUCUGCAACAACCUCACAUUUUCAUGCAUCUUUUUUUCAAAACAGGAAAAUUCUCCCAGGAGGGAACACAUCAUUUGAUGUAGUUUUUCUUGCAAGAAUGGUGGGAAACGUAGAAAACACUUUAUUUAUUAAUACAUCGAAUCAUGGGGUAUUUACUUACCAGGUGUUUGGUGUUGGAGUACCAAACCCCUACAGACUACGCCCUUUUAUAGGGGCAAAAGUUCCUGUAAAUAGCAGUUUUUCUCCUCUAAUAAAUAUACACAACCCCCACAGUGAACCCUUGCAGGUGGUGGAAAUGUAUUCAAGUGGAGGCGAUCUCCACCUAGAGCUUCCAACAGGCCAACAAGGUGGCACAAGAAAACUGUGGGAAAUUCCUCCAUAUGAAACUAAAGGUGUUAUGAGAGCCAGUUUUUCUUCAAGAGAAGCAGAUAAUUACACAGCUUUCAUUCGAAUAAAAACAAAUGCCUCAGACAGCACAGAGUUUAUUAUUCUUCCAGUAGAGGUAGAAGUCACAACAGCCCCUGGAAUUUAUUCAUCAACAGAAAUGCUAGAUUUUGGUACAUUGAGAACACAUGAUCUGCCAAAAAUUUUAAAUCUACACUUGUUAAAUUCAGGAACAAAGGAUGUACCGAUAACUAGUGUUAGACCCACACCACAAAAUGAAGCUAUCACCAUACAUUUCAAGCCAAUUACAUUGCGAGCUUCUGAAAAUAAAUAUACCAAAGUUGCAAGUAUUAGUUUUGAUGCAUCAAAAGCAAAACGACCGCUACAGUUUUCAGGAAAAAUAACAGUUAAAGCAAAAGAGAAGAGUUAUUCAAAACUUGAAAUUCCUUAUCAAGCAGAAGUAUUAGAUGGGUACUUAGGGUUUGAUCAAGCGGCCACAUUAUUUCAUAUCCGUGACAAUCCAGCGGACUCUGUAGAAAGACCAAUCUAUUUAACGAACACAUUCAAUUUUGCAGUCCUCAUUCAUGACAUAACGCUACCCGAAGAAAUCAAACUAAUAUUUAAAGUACACAACUUCAGCAAACCAGUUUUAAUUCCACCUAAUAAAUCCAGAUAUAUUUUCACACUUCAUUUUGUGGCUUCCUUAUCAUCUCUUCAUAUUGAUAACAAUAUUUUGCUCAUUACCAAUGCUUCUAAAUUUCAUCUACCUGUACGAGCAUACACUGGAUUUUUAGAUUAUUUUGUGUUGCCCCCAAAACCUGAAGAGCGGAUCAUAGAUUUUGGCAUCUUAAGUGCCACAGAAACAAAUAGCAUUUUGUUUGCAAUCAUUAACAGCAAUCCAAUUCAGCUGGCUAUAAAAAGCUGGCAUGUGAUAGGAGAUGGCUUGAUCAUAGAACUCCUGGCUGCUGCAAAAGGCAACAGAACGACAAUAAUCGCAAAUCUUCCAGAUCUGGAAAAAGCCACUGCUUUGGAUCAAACGUCAGUAACAUUGAUGCCCAGUUCAUAUACUGUAUUCAGAGUAAGACUGUUACCAAAAGAACUUGAAGGAAUUCAUGAUGGUGCAAUACAGAUCAUAACAGAUUAUGAGAUUUUAACCAUUCCUGUGAAGGCUGUAAUUGCUGUGGGCUCACUUACCUGUUCCCCAAAACAUAUCUUCCUUCCACCUUCUUUUCCCAGCAAGACAGUUCAUCAGAGUUUAAGUAUCAUGAGCUCUUUCUCGCAAAAAGUGAAAAUACAACAGAUCCGUUCGCUCUCUGAAGAUGUCCGGUUUUAUUACAAGAGAUUAAGAAGUAACAAGGAAGAUUUGGAGCCAGGGAAAAAAUCCAAGAUAGCAAAUGUGUAUUUUGACCCUGGUUUACAGUGUGGGAAUCACUGCUAUGUCGGAUUGCCUUUUCUGAGUAAAUCUGAAUCAAAAUUGCAACAUAGUAUGUCUAUGCAAGAAGACGCAUGGGAUUCAGAUUGGGAUUUGCAUGAGAGUUUAUUCAAAGAAUGGAUUGGAAUAAGAGAUCACUCAGGCCAUCAAUUAAGUGCUGUGUUUGAAGUAGACACUGAUCUACAGAAGGCUGUGGCAUCCAAAAUCACAGCAGAAUUGGUCUGGCCCUCCUUAAUUGGUUCAACGCGCUAUUUGGAUUUCUCCCUUACCAACACAAACAGUUCGUCUGAGGAAGAAAUUCUUCUAGAAAAUCCAUCAGAUCUUCCUGUUUUUGUUCAGUUUCUUCCCAUAGCACUGUAUUCCAACCCAUCAGUCUUUGUCGAUAAGCUAAUAGACAGGUUCAAUUUGAGUAAGCCAGCAAGUUUCGAUCUGAGGACACUAGAAUUUCAAGUCUCUAGAAACUGUGGCCAGACUUUGCAGAGCUCCACAGGAUAUGCAGAGGGAUUGUCACGGCAGCUGGUUUUAAAUGUGAUUUUAAAGCCUGGUGAGAAGAAAUUUGUCAGAGUCAAAUUUACUCCAGUUCUUAAUAAAACCGUAUCGUCACUAAUAAUUGUCAGAAAUAAUUUGACUGUGAUAGAUGCUAUAAUGGUUAAAGGACAAGGAACAACCGAGAGCUUGAAAGUUGCAGGGAAGCCACCUGGCCCAGGAAGCUCAUUGCGCUUCAAAAUCACUGAAGCCUUACUAAAAGAUUGUACUGAAAAAACUAAAUUAAAGGAACCAAAUUUUACCUUGAAAAGGACAUUCAGAGUGGAGAACACAGGGCAGCUUCAAGUUAACAUAAAAUCCAUGGAAAUCAGUGGAUAUUUAUGUGAAGGAUAUGGAUUUAAAGUAGUUAACUGUCAAGAAUUUGCACUAAGCGCCAAUGCCUCUAAAGACAUUGUCAUACUGUUUACACCAGAUUUCACUACUUCCAGAGUCAUUCGUGAACUGAAGUUAACUACAUCAGGAGGCUCUGAAUUUGUAUUCAUCUUAAAUGCAUCCCUUCCCUAUCAUAUGUUAGCAACUUGUGCAGAAGCCCUGCCCAGGCCCAACUGGGAGCUGGCACUGUACAUAAUUGUCUCAGGAAUAAUGAGUGCGCUCUUCCUUUUAGUCAUCGGAACAGCCUAUCUAGAAGCUCAAGGAAUUUGGGAGCCAUUCAGAAGGCAACUGUUCUCUGAGGCAUCUAAUCCUCCCUUUGAUAUGGGAAGGCCAUUUGAUCUCAGGAGAAUAGUUGGAAUUUCAUCUGAUGGAAACUUGAAUGCACUUGGAUCAGAUUCUAACCACAGCUCCUCCAGAGGAAUCUAUGGACCAGGCAGUUCCUCAUCACGAUCCAAUGCAGGGAGCCAUAAGCAAUGCAAUUCAACAGCAAACCUACACAGCAAUAGAAAUUCAGUUGAGGCCGAGACUGUGAAGUUUAAAAACAGUCCCAAUGUUGCUAGCAGGACUUCCACGCAGACAGGAUCUGCGCAGUCAGUGAACAGAGCAGGUUCCCUCUUCCUGGACUCCAGUGCUGCAACUCAGAAUCAUGCAGCAAGCAGGAAAUCCAGGGGGGCAAAGCAAAGUCAGCAAUCAAACCAGCAGCAUGCUCCAGUCUUACUAGAGCAACAGUCACCACCGCCACCAACAGUGCCUCAGCCACAAGAUCAGCAGACUGAAAAUCCCCUGACACAGUUGCAGCUUCCCAGCCCUUCACAUUCAGAGUGUGUCAGCAACACAAGGCACAGCUCAGAGGACUCUGACCUUGCUGGUCUUAUAGAAACCAUGGACAAAGACUUUGAUCACCCAGAAUCCCCUUCCCCAGAUGUGUUUACAGAGCAGCCCCCAUCUCCAGUAGCAAAAAAUAAAGGGAAAGGGAAACCAUUUCAACGUAAAUCUAAGCCCCAGAAGAAACGGGAAGAAAAGGAGCGAAGAGGAAAGGGAAAACAGCAAGAAGAUGAACUGAAAGAUUCCUUAGUGGAUGAUGACAGUUCUUCAACAACCACGGAAACCUCCAAUCCAGACACAGAAGCACUUCUGAAGGAGGAGCCAGAAAAGCAAAAGGGAAAACAACCAAUUCCAGAAAAACAGGAAAAUGAAAUGCUACAAGUAAAGCAGAAAAGCAAAAAGUCAGUUAUCAAGAAAGAAGUCCCUGCAGAUGUGAAAUCCAAUUCCUGUGAGAUACCGUGUCCUCCCUUGCUGGAAAAUAAACAGCACAAAAGCUUUUCAACUAAGCUGGCUGCCCGGCAUAUGUUAGCAAAUGGGUUCAAGCCAAGAAACCUUCAGAAAGCGAAAGGUAUCAGUACAAAGCUGAUGGACAGCAGGCCAUCUUCACUGGCAAAGUUUUUCUCUAGUGGCUGCGGUCAGGAGCUGGGAAAUACCAGCAGCUCAGAAGGGGAAAAGGACUCUCCUCCUCCAGAGUGGGAUUCGGUGCCAAUUCAUAAAGCAGGAAGUUCUAGUGACAGCCUUUAUAAGCUGUCCCUGCAAACCCUCAGCGCAGAUGCUUUCUUGAAACAACGACAGACCUCACCAACGCCUGCCUCUCCAUCACCUCCUCCUGCGUCAUUGGCCUUUGUACCACGGAGCACUUACAGCAGUAUUGUGAACAAUUGCAAUGAACCAAAAAGCAAGUUGCUCAGUGGUGCCAAACAUAAGGUGGCCAAGGCAGCCUCACUGCCUGGCAGGAAUGGAAACCCUACAUUUGCUGCUGUAGCUGCGGGUUAUGACAAGAGUCCAGGUGGGAGUGGCCUAACAAAGCCUUCACCGCUUAAAACUGAGGCUACUGGCAGUAUGAAUAUGUCACAUACAGCUGUUGACAGUGAUGGCUCGGACAGUUCUGGUUUGUGGAGUCCUAUAAGUAAUCCUGGUAGUCCAGAUUUCACACCCCUCAACUCAUUCUCAGCAUUUGGAAAUUCUUUUAAUUUAACUGGAGAAGUUUUCAGCAAACUUGGGCUGUCACCGUCGGUUUAUGGUCAGGAUGUUCAGCGAAACUGGAGUGAGUUUAGUGCUGUUCCUUCAUCCAUCUGGGACUCUUCAGCUGCAGACAGGACACCUUCCUGGCCCUCAAGUUCUGGAUCCCCGACUCACACAACUGCAUCUAUCCUUGGCAACCCGAAUGGCCUGUGGUCUGCCAGCACCACUCCAUUCAGCAGUUCCAUUUGGUCGAGUAACCUGAACAACACCCUUCCUUUCAACACUCCCACUAAUACAUUGCCAGAUAUCGAUCUGGGGAGUGAACAUCCUCCUCCACCACCUGCUGCUGCCCCAGCAGUUAGCAAUCCUGGAGACUUGGGACAGGCCUAUAACCCUUGGCGAAUAUGGAGCCCUGCAAUUGGAAGAAGAAGCUCAGAUCCUUGGUCUAACAUGCAUUACCCACAUGAAAAUGGAAAUUAAGCGAAGCAAAAGGACUCUUGUCCAGAUCUGAUCAUGGUAAAUUUCGUAAUAUGCCAAAUCCAGGAACAUAAUUCACAAGCAGUUUGCUACCAUUCCUCCCCCUUGCUCCACCCCCUUCCCCAAACAUCAUUACAAGCCAGUGAUACAUUCAUCUCAUGCUCCUCUUCAAGUUUAUCUGCAAUUAUGGUAGUGUGAGAUUGCUGAUCUGCUUGGAAAAAUUUGGAUGGAGUCAACAAUGAUUCAUCGGAGGCCACUGAGUCUUGGUUCUUUACCAUCUGCCCUUUAAUAUUUUUUUUUAACAAAAACCUGGUUAAGACCCAUAAUGCGGUGAUUUUUAAAUACCACGCUUGGUUUUUAAUUUUUGUUUCCAGUAUUAUGCUCCAAAACAUAAUUUUAAAGAGCACUUUGUGCUAAAAAUGCAGAGUAUUUUUUUAAAAAUAAAGCUGUCUUUGUUUAAAGGCUCUACGAAUGUAAAAAUCUAGGAGCAAAAAUGGCUGAAUGUAAGAGCAUUUUGUUCAAACUAUACAUUUUAUGUGCUGUUUGUACAUUUGUAAACCUGAAUGCAUUUUUAAGUUGAACUGAAAUGUGCAUAGCCAAGACUUGUGAAUAAAACAAGAUUCCUUGUGCUUUUCUUACCGAUACAACUUUGAGUUGUACUUGAAAAAUAAA